CAAAGAACAUCUGGAGCAGAGGCUCACAACCAUAGCAUUGGUUACUGUUCUGUAUGAUUGCAGGAUUGAGCUACAUCAUGAGGAAAGAACUUUGAUGUCAAGAAACCGUCAGAAUAAAAAUUGUUUGCCGGUUUGGAAAAUAACGUUGAAGAGCCUUAAAAGUUUUAAUCGUUAGAUCAUCGAUUUCAAGGCACAGGAUUAUACACUGGCCUUUACCGGCAAGAAACGAGACCUAAACCAAGCUAGUACCGUUUCAUUUCGUCCGAACUACAGCAAUUUACGCAGAUGCCGCCCAGGAAGGGACUCCUUGCGCCACAGAACACUUUCCUUGAUACAAUCGCCACCCGUUUUGAUGGAACCCAUAGCAAUUUUGUGCUGGGAAAUGCACAAGUUCCAUCAAUAUAUCCGAUCGUGUACUGCUCUGACGGGUUCUGUGACCUCACCGGUUACCCCAGGGCCCAGAUCAUGCAGAAAAGCUGUGCUUGUACUUUCCUCUUUGGGUCUGAAACAACUAAAGAAGACAAAGAACAGAUCGAGAUGGCACUGUGUAAUAAAACUGAACUGAAACUGGAAGUGGUCUUCUACACAAGAACUGGUAUCCCUUUUUGGUGUCUUCUGGACAUCGUUCCAAUCAAAAACGAAAAGCACGAAGUAGUGUUGUUCCUUGCUUCACACAAGGAUAUCACGAAGACGAAGAUCGCCGAGAUAGAAAUGAACGAAACGUAUAAUAGUGAUGCUAACGGUAACCUCGAACCCGAAGGAUGUUUAUCUACUAACAACUACCAACGCCGCAGAAGCCGUGCUGUGUUAUACCAGUUGUCUGGUCAUUACCGUCAAGACAAUAUGAAAUCCAAACUUAAGCUGAACAAUAAUCUCCUCCAUUCAAAUUCUCUUCCAGAAUACAAAACAGCAGCCAUAAAGAAAUCCAAGUUCAUUGUAUCCCACUACGGUGCAUUUAAGACUUGCUGGGAUUGGUUAGUUCUUGUUGCUACUUUCUAUGUAGCUAUUGUUGUUCCGUACAGCGCCGCCUUUCGAGACAAUAAUGAAAGUCCAUCUAGAAAUAAGACAAUCAUAUGUGACGUCAUUGUUGAGGCUUUCUUUAUUAUAGACAUUGCCAUCAACUUUCGCACAACUUUUGUGAGCAGAAAAGGAGAAGUUGUAGCAAAAUCAAAAUCAAUUGCUGUACAUUAUGUUCGUAGCUGGUUCAUUGUCGAUCUCUUUGCUGCCUUACCAUUCGACCUUCUAUAUGCAGCAAACCUGUACAGUAGGAACACAUUGAUGCACUUGCUCAAGUUAACCCGACUGCUACGUUUGGCUCGUCUGCUUCAAAAAAUGGACCGCUACUCUCAGUACAGUGCCAUUAUUCUAACCUUGUUGAUGCUGAUGUUUUCAUUGGUUGCUCACUGGAUGGCCUGCGUCUGGUACGUCAUUGCACUUGAAGAAAUAGAUGCCAAUCCAAUCCAGUGGGAUGUAGGUUGGCUCCACCAGUUGUCAAGUAAACUAGGCAAUGACCUUAUAAAUCACACAGAUACAACCGCUGCCUAUAUUACUGCCCUCUAUUUCACUACAAGCAGUCUCACCAGUGUAGGAUUUGGGAACGUGUCUGCCAAUACUAAUAACGAGAAAGUGUUUUCAAUACUCACCAUGCUUAUUGGCGCUUUAAUGCACGCUGUCGUUUUUGGGAACGUCACAGCUAUCAUUCAGCGCAUGUAUUCUCGGCGAUCACAGUAUCAAACAAAACUAAGAGACUUGAAGGACUUUUUCAGACUACACCGAAUAUCGAAGGAGUUACAGCAGAGAAUGAUAGAUUACUUCCAGACCACUUGGUCUCUAAACCAUGGAAUUGAUCUAAACGAAGUUUUGCGAGAAUUUCCUGACGAACUUAGAGGUGACGUUUCGAUGCAUCUGAACAAAGAAAUACUCUCCUUACCGAUAUUCGAGACGGCCCCCCAGGGCUGUCUGAAACAGCUGGCUCGUCACAUUAAGAGUAACUUUUGUGCACCUGGUGAAUAUCUGGUGCAUAAAGGAGACGCCUUAGGAUAUAUUUAUUUUGUUUGCAACGGUUCGAUGGAAGUAUUACAGAAUAGCAUGGUUGUCGCCAUUUUGGGAAAAGGAGAUCUUGUGGGAUGUGAUAUUUCAACUAAUUUAAAUGAAACCGUUAUUAAAUCCAGUAGUGACGUCAAGGCCCUGACCUACUGCGACUUAAAAUGUAUUUAUAUGCCAGGUUUGAUGGAAGUCCUGAAGUUAUAUCCAGAAUUUGCUGAAACUUUCUGUCAUGAUAUAUUACAUGACCUGACCUUUAACCUCAGGGAAGGUUUUGAAAAUGAGCAAGAAGAGAACAACGGGGUCCACUCUCUUACUCUCCCUUCUAUUUCUGAGGACGAUGAAGAUGAUAAUAGUGACGGCACAGCACCAGCAUCACCCUCAACAUCACCUGCACCUCCAGUCACCCCUUCAGCUAAAGGGAAUUGUCGCUUUGCAGGAACAUUAGAUGAAAGUAAUGAAAAUAAAUUCAAGUGUGGUGACUGUUUAUCGCCUCACGCUCGUCGACUCAUCUUCUCUCGCCAAUCAUAUAAGAAUGAAAAGCUUCGGUCAGCCGCUACUCAUCCAAAUCUUGGGCGAUCACUGGAGCUUUUCGAACUACGAGAUGAGGUGGAGACAACAAAAAGUAGUGUUGAUCGAUUAGAUAACCAGUUCUCAACAUUAACACACGACGUUGCAGUAUUGAGCCAGGAUGUAAGGACCACUCUUUCGUUAUUACAACAACUAUUCUGUCAUCGGGGUGUAACGUCUUUGUCCUGUCAUUCCUGUGACCUACCACAAAAUGUACACACCAGUGCUGCGCCAUUCCGAACUUUGAGUCAGCCUUCAGGUUUGGCUUCAGCAGAAUCUCCUCGUAAUUCCAGGAUUUUCAACAAUAAAAAGUCAAGUGGAACACAAACCGAUCGUUAUCUCCUCCAUUGUCUUCUAGGUAAAAUCGGUGAUUACAAUUCGCUACCUCCUAAUUCCGGUUAUUCUCCUUGUUCUUCAAAUGGUGAACGAGUCCGAUUUAUUGUUGGAAACAAUGAAACGGGAGGAAGAUAUGACUGUGAAAGAGUAGCAGAAGACAGUGUCCCCAGGAACACAUUCCUGGUAGGUAGUACCACUUCUCCACGAAAUAUUACCUCACCUUAUGGAAUGACUGCUUCGUGGAACACGCAAGAGAACGGACCACCAGACUCUUUACCAUCUCCACAAUCACAAAUACUACGCUCACCAGUGAAAGAAAGUCAUAAACAAAACCACAAUGAAGCAAAUAAUGAGGCAAAAUCGAUAAAAAGACAUCUUUCCACCGAAUGCUAGUAACAGAACUUGAAAUGAUUCUUAUAUCUAGGGACAAGUUCCCCUCAGAAACAAAUAAGAAAAAUAACUCAUUACACCAUGUUUUUGCACCUCACACGAAGUCAACCAUUAGGGUACUUGUAGGUAAUAUGUAAAAAUGUCAUAUGUAUAAUAAGCGUGAUGAGUGCACAGAAGACAUUACUCACUCCUCGAACUAUUUACCAUAGAAUUAAAAUGCAAUUCUGUAUGAAACUAAAGGGUUUUCUCUCCCUUUUAAUCUUAACAAAUUGCUUAAGUGGAAGAUCCUAGAAAAUAUAUACUAUUUAAACUUUCAUAAUCAAAUCAUAUGUUUAGGUCUUCAUUUCGCUGUCUUUAGGCGAUAUUAAGCCUUCUCUAUACUCUCUGUUGAGAAGAUUUCAAUUCAAGUAAUUCUAUCUAAUUUUCUUCUAAUAAAUCUAUUUACAUGUUUGUACAUAUAAAGCUCAAAAAUGCUUUUUAGAUGUUCAACUAGAACUUAAAACCCAUGUUUUGCAAAAGAUAAGCGUAAGAGAGUUGUAUGAAGUUACCGCAAGAGUUUUAUAAAUUUUGUUUUAUAUUAAUAAUUGUUAUGUAUGAGGAAAAACUUUUCCUGUGAAAUUUUGUUCCGAUCUCUUUGCGUUGAAUUGAAUGUAAGAAAAUCCUGAGAAAAUAACUUUUAUUACCUACGUUCCUGGUGUAUUAAUGCUUUUAGUUUGUUUGUUUGAAGUUAAGCACAAAACUACACAAUGGGCUAUCUGUGAUCUGCCCACCACGGGUAUCGAAACCCGGUUUCUAGCAUUGUAAGUUCGCAGACAUACCGCUUUGCCACUAGGAGGCAUGCUUUUAGUUUCAUACGAGUUUAACAGAAAAAUCUAGCGUGCAAUAAGUUGAAGCUCGAUUGAUAAACAGAAAUGCAAUAUUUGUAAACUUCAACACUGAGCUGUUGUUGUUAUUAAGCACAAAGUUACAUAAAGGGUUAUCUGUGCUCUGCCACCAUACGUAUCGAAACCCGGUUUCUGGCAGUAUAAGUCCGCAGACAUGCUGCUGUGCCACUGGGGGUAGACUGAGCUGAAUGACAUUCGAUGAGAAAAUGUACGAAGUAAUUAGCAACAUUUCACCUGGUGUGAAAACCAUUUAAUUUACGAGCUUAAUCUUCUUCUUCUUU